AUGUCCCCGCCUCCAUACAUCCCUCCUUGUGCCCCUUACGGCGCAUACCCAUCGAGCUAUGGAUACCAACCAUCUCUAGCAGCAGGAGUCUUCUUCAGCGUCUGUUUUGGCCUCUACACCUUGUCAAACGUCGUCCAAACCUUUCGCACUCGCUGCUGGUGGAUGGGUCUCUUCUUCAGCUGCGGCACAAUCCUCGAACUCGUCGGAUGGAUUGGACGUACCGUCGCACACUCUUGUUCCUACUCUGGCGAAGUCAACACCAUGCAAAUCGCCUCGCUGAUCAUGGGACCUGCAUACACGCAAAGUGGCGUCUACAUUGCGCUGUGGAUGAUUGUCAAGAUCUUGGGCAGAGAGGUGUUGCCAGUGCCGCCAAAGCUCUACCUGCUCGUCAUUUUCAGUGUCGAUUGUGUGUGUCUGAGUCUCCAGGCAAUCGGCGGUGGUCUGGCAGGUGCUGCGUUCGAUCAAGGCACCAGCACUUCUACUGGCACAACUAUCAUGGUCGUUGGCAUCAUCGCCCAGCUGGUCUCUGGCAUGGUGUUCGCGGGCUUCUUGUGCAUCGUCUUUCCUCGUGGAGCCUCUAAGAUCAAAGCAAACCGAUCGCUCUUAUUGGCGUGCGUUGCCAUUGUCAUCAGCACGACCAUGAUGAACUUGAGAGGCUUCUAUCGAUCCAUCGAGCUAUGUCAGGGCUGGAGAGGUCCGCUCAUCACAAAGCAAGGCUAUGUCAUCGGACUGGAUGCAGCGCCCAUGCUUAUUGCCAUGGGAGUUCUGGCGGUCUUGAAUCCUUCUGUGCUUUUGCGCCGAGCCGAAAAGGCGCAAAUCGUCGAAGAGAGUGGCAGCCCGCUCGACGUGGAGAAGGCAGUACCCGAGAGAUUAGACUCUGAUGUUGAGGCUUGA